AUGCACUUGUGCUUACUACACCCUCAAUGGGGGUAUUAUCAACACCCAACCCCUAUUGGUACUAAAGGCGCCUUUACAACAGCUCCUGAGAUUUCUCAAAUGUUUGGAGAAAUUCUCGGUGGCUGGGUCAGUGACCUUUGUCAUCGAACCCAUUCUUCUAUUCCCACCUUAGACCUCAUUGAACUUGGCCCCGGGCGGGGCACAUUAAUGGCAGAUCUCUUAAAACAAAAAAGCGUUAAAAUUAAAAAAGUUCAUCUUGUUGAACAAAACAUCAAUCUUCGAAAGCAGCAAGAAAAAGUACUGACAAGUUCACAAAAAAAUCUGGUAUGGCAUACACACCUGACAGACUGCCUUGAUCAGCUUUCAAACCCUUUUAUUCUAAUCGCCAAUGAAUUCUUAGACGCACUUCCUAUACGCCAAUUUCAAAAAACCCCAAAAGGCUGGAAAGAACGUUUAAUUACAACCACAGAUGGUGAAACUCUCGCUCUUGCUCUUGAGGCUUCUUCUUCCCUCUGGCUCCAAGAUCUGGGCCAAGAAGGGGGUGUUCUCGAAAUAUGUAUACAAGCCGAACAACUUAUCCAUGACCUUUGCAAUGCCCUUGAAAAAAAUGGUGGAGCCGCUUUAUUCAUUGACUACGGCGCACAAGAUUUAAGAAACAAACCAACCCUCCAAGCCCUUAAGAAUCACCAACAUAUCCCUGUUCUUGAAAGCCCUGGCGAAUCUGACUUAACUGCACAUGUCAACUUUGGGCGUUUAAAAAAAGUUGCUCAAGAAUUUUCAAGCCUUAAAAUUUACCCUCUUAUCACGCAGAGAGAGUUUCUCUUGUCUCUGGGGCUCCAACAAAGAGCCAAUCAACUUUCUAAAGCUUCACCCUCUCAUAAAGCGGCAUUAGACGCAGCAGUACAGCGCUUGACACACUCAAAUUCUAUGGGAAAUCUUUUCAAAGUAUGGUGUCUCACUUCCCAAAACUUCCCAACGCCAGAACCUUUCUUAAGCCAAGGAGAUCUUUUAUGA